AAUAUUAAGCUCGUUAUAAGUUACGGAUGUAAACAAACAACAAGCGCAUGUGAAGCCAUAAAUUUGCUCCAUAUCUGGAUAGACCACCAUCCAACGUUAGUCACGUCAAUGAACACUUGGUAAUUCAUUACAAUUUCAGCAAAUUGACAAGAUGAACAGCUACAUUAGCCUUCCAGAUUACGUGGAGCGCAAAGGAUCUUUAUUUUUGCGAUCAAACCACAUGAAUUAUAGUCGACCAACUCUAAAUUCUAAUUGGCACCAAUCCAGAGAAGCUGAACCCAAGGAUUAUGAUAUUAAUGAUUUUGAGAAACUACAGGACAGAAAACUUCACAACACAACUUACAAGAGAAUCGGUGAUGUCACAGAUGGGUCGUUCCCAUUGACCACAACACAAGACCAUCUGGAGCAAGCCAAUUUAAAGAAAGAUUUUGAAGAACAAGAGCCGAGAAAGCCAAUGGUCAAUGUUGCAACUAUCGCACAUGCAGACUUAGAUAGGGAUACUGGUAAACCCAAGACAGGCUUUGGAGCAGUUUUACCUAGGCACAAUCCAGAACAUGACAAGCGCCAUCUUGAGACGACAAACCGUGCAGACUACAAGCCACCCUAUCCAUACACAGCAGCACCGGAGCAACUUCCGGACUUUGCAGACGACUCCAACGCGUAUCGCAAGUGCCACAGUCAGUUCACGGACACUGCCGACUUCCGUCGCUUUGGCCGAAAUACGUUCCAGGACGAGAGCGGAAUUUAUGGGAACACGCAGCUGAAGAGGAACGUUUACCAAACGACAAACACCAUCCCAAAAGUAUUAGAAUGAUGAUGGGAGUGGUUAUAGAGACUAUAUUUUUCAAAAUUUUCAGUUGAGAUUCUACUUGAUGAAGAGGGACCACAUUUUGACAUCAAGUUUAAGUUUCGUGCUGCUAGUCUCACCUUGAGGAAAGUGUGACUUUUAUUUCAUCUUUUAAUUGAUUGUCUUCAGAAAAUGAAUUAAAGUUUUAAAAAGACUUCCAAGAGAUUGGUAUAAUGCUGCUGAUGAUCGAUAUUGGCAUAAUGUGCAAUGUUUUCAGAACAGAAAAACGGAAAAUGAAUUUCGAAUCAGUUUUCAGGAGAUGUUAGUGAUGCAGAUGAUCAUUAAAAUUGCUGUUGGCCCCCAAUUGCAAGGUACGACUGACCGCAAGAAAGAAUUACAAGCCAAAAGCGAAUUGAUGCCUUCUUUGGAGGAAGUGUGCCGAUGGAAGUACAAUCUAUGCUUUAUCGUUAAAAGUCUUAAUGAUCGAGAUAAUAAAAAAAUCUUGAAGCAGCAUACAUGAACUUUGAUAAUGGAUUAGACUUCUACUACUUUACAUUAUUUAAAUUAAUGUAUUCCUGCUUACUAUAUGGUAUGAUGAUUGGAUAUUUCUGUAUUCUUACUGCUGGUAUAUGUAUGGUCGUUGUUCUAAUGAAGUUUAAAAGCCCAAAAUUGUUCUGUUUAUUUUAUUUGAAUGAGACUGCCAAAUGCCUCUAAUCUCACAUGACAAUUUCAGUCUUUAGAGACCUCACUGGAUUCAUUAGAUAUUUUUAUAUCAUGGUUUUACAAGUUAAAAUUCAAUAGUCUUAUAUCCCACCAAUUAUAGAUUUACACACCAAUCUCAUGGUGUUGUUUUUUUUGGCAAUGAAAAUCUCAUGGAACAGUUUGUAAAAAUGAUGUCAAGGCCUGAUGGUAACAAUAUGAUAUCAACAAAUUACUUAGAGCCCAAGAAGAUCGUCAAUGUAAAAUUGUAUACUCUACUUCCAUCUGUCCGUUUCCUUCAAAACAAAUUUUUGAUUGACUGUAUAAAUGGCGAAAUGCACAGACAAUUUUCCAAAGUCUGUAGACUUUUCAUAUAUAUUAGCCCGUCCAAGAUGUGUCUGUUUUCAGGUCAGGUUGUGUUUCAUGUUGUACAGUAUAUGUAAUGAAGUCACUGUAGCUGCUAUUCUUGUAUGCAAAGUUUUAUCCGUCCUACACUACAUGUAGAUCUCUCAAUACAUGUAUAUAGUGUUUUAUUUUUCAGUACUUUCAGAUAUGCAUGAUUUACACAAUGAUAAUCAUGACCUCUAAUAAGAAAAUGUUUCAAAUCAUGUUGGACAUUCAGAUCAUGUUGGACAACCACAUAUAUUUAAUUAGUAUCUUUAAAAAAAUCAUUAUGAUGUACUCUGUUUGAAAGCAAUAAAAACAAUGAAUGAAUAUGAA